CGCCGCGACGAGUCUCUCUCGAUUCGCCGGCGAAAAAACGAAGACAAGGAUGAAGAAGACUACAGAGACUCCGGCGAGAUUGAACGCAGCUGUUAAAUCUCAGAAACCUCCUUUCAGACCUGCCGUAGAUGACACCAAACCUGUUCUUCAGGACCCUAUUCUGAGAUCGGAUCCUAUGGAGACUGAAGAAGCUGUGCUGAGAUUACCUCCUUUCCCAGUGAUUACACCAUCUGGAUCGUAGCCGCCCGGAUUAACAAGAUUUUUUUAUCUGAUUUGUUUCACAUUUUGGGGGUGGUGGUUAGUGAUUGUGAAUGGAUGUUGUGUGUGCUUGAUAAGCUGUAACUUACUAUCCCAUAAUUGAUAAAUGGAGACAGCUUUAAGAUCAGAUCAGUGAUUCAGUAUUAGAGCAUACAUAUAUAUAUA